AUGCCAGCCUCAAUAUUCGGUGUACUCGCAAGGUUAGGUCUUCAAGCGCUUGUCACAUACGACGGACAAAGUGUUUUUCCAUUGGCGUAUAUACAGGCAACUGGAUGCUUUAUUAUGGGUGUGGGUCUGGCCCUUAAAGAACCGUUUGGUAGAUUCUAUGGUCCUUUAUAUACAGCAAUGACUACUGGAUUCUGUGGUUCUUUGACCACAUUUUCGGGGUGGCAGGUAGACAUAUUUGACUCGUGGGUUAAUUCGGGUCAGUUCCAUCGUGGAAGCGUUCGAGAUGUCGUUGAUGGCAUUACAAAAACCAUGGUCACUCUCCUGCUAUCCCUCGGAUCCCUAUCGUUUGGUGUACACGUAUGCAAGCUAGUUGCACCACACUUUCCCGUACUGCGGCCUCCAGGCAAAAUUUUCCGCUACACUCUCACCAUUAUCUCAGUCCUCACCUACGCCGCUACAUUUCCUGCAUACUUCCGCCUGUCCCCCAAUUUCCGUCAUCAGGCCACCGCUGCACUGCUCUUCUCAUACCCCGGGACAUUAACACGAUACCUUCUUUCUAUCUAUCUGAACCCGCGCUCGAAGACCGUCCCCCUCGGGACGUUCACUGCCAACAUGUUCGGGACUAGUCUCCUUGGAACGUUCCAUGUGUUGCAAGGAAUAUACCCUCCUCUCUCGCCCGCUGCUUGUUCUAUAUUGCAAGGCCUAGGAGAUGGGUAUUGUGGCUGUUUGACGACGGUCAGUACGUUUGCGGCAGAAGUGAGUGCGCUACAGGCGUGGAAGGCGUGGUUCUACGUUGCGAUUAGCUGGGUUAUCGCUCAAUUACUGCUCUUGGUGAUCAUGGGUUCUUCUUUCUGGGCUGGUCACGUCAGGGAGCAGGUGACAUGUAAUUUCUAG